UGUCGGGCGCGGAUUAGUGAUAAGCGAGGCCGGCCAGCAGCGUGUGCGAUAAGUACCGCGGGGGAUGUGCGCUUCGAAAGUGAUGGAUCACCCGGCCACGGUCUGUCGGAUGGUGUGGUGGUGAUACGGUGUGUACUUGCUGGUGUCCCUUCGCGGAUUCGUCCCGUGUGUCCCGUCGCCAAAUGGUUCUCGUGGUGGGUGAUCGAAGAAAACAUGCCAUGUUGAUUCUGUUGCUACUUCCGCUGCUGCUUUCGUUCGUACAAGUCCCCGCGGGCGGCGCCGUCAAGCUCAAGGAAGUGGUCGUCCCAAAGCACGCCAUUCAGGGGCAAUCGGUGCGACUGGAAUGUCCGUACGAAAUGGAGGGCGAUGAGCUGUACUCGGUCCGCUGGUACAAGGACGGGCACGAAUUUUACCGGUACGUGCCGCGCGACAAACCGGAAGUGCAAGUCCUUGAGCUGCGAGGUGUCUCGGUGAACGUGCACAACUCGUCCAACAAUCACAUCACGCUGGAUUCUAUUGGCCCCGGCUCGAGCGGGAAGUACAUCUGUGAAGUGUCGGGUGAAGCACCCUACUUCCAGACCGUUUCGCAACACGAUAUGAUGCUGGUUGUCGUUCUUCCGGAGGAAGAUCCCAUUAUUACGGGGGGCAAACCGCGGUAUCAGAUAAAUGACCACGUGCGCGUAAACUGCACUUCUGUGAGAGCUCGGCCAGCCGCACAACUCACGUGGUACAUCAACAGCGAACUGGCCGAUCCGAUGCUGGUGCGCCGCUAUCCUACGAUCGUCUCGAUGCCCGAUCAGCUCGAAACGUCCAUUCUGGGGCUAGAGUUUCGUGUCAAACCGAAGCACUUCCGGCGGGGCGAUAUGAAACUCAAGUGCCUGGCCACCAUCUCGACCGUGUACUGGAAGAGCAACGAGGAGAGCGUGGAGCUUGACAAACCUCAAAAAGCGCCAAUACUUGAGUCACGCAAAUCAGGACUAUCGUCGGUUACGCGAGCGGACCGGGUACACGCAGAGAGCGGUGCCCGCAGUGUCGUCUCCGGUGUGCCGCAUCUUGUCCUUCUCUUCGCCCUCGCCCUUCGAAUCAUCCUUUCACUGCGGUAACUGUACCGAUGGCACGCACCACAAACCAGCACAAACUGCGGCUCCUGGUUGAGAAGAUUCGGUAUCACCGACACCGACGACCGAUCGGGGGCAGUUCCUUCUUAGCAGAGAUGCGAAGCAACGAUUUUUGUAAAUCUUUUGAGUCUGUUUUUAAAUUAAAAUGUGUAGCAAAAGGGAACGAGAAAAGCACAUAUCUAUAGCUUCUCACACAGAAUUUGUAUAUAUGAACGUGUACCAUAUUGGUUUGUAGGUUAAACGGAAGAUCAAACGAUCGAUCAAACGAUCAAACGAUACGUAAGCUGUGGAGAGCAGCGCACGGGAAGCUUCAGACGUUCCGUCGAAGGGAGCGCGAUUGUUGAAGAAGGAUACUUUGGUUGUGUCACACGUUAAAAGUAAAUACUAAGAUGGACUGAGAACAAUUCAAAGGCUUCACACAAGCGAGACUUAAAACUUGCCAUCACAAUGCCAAAAAAGCAAAAUUUACACGCAUAAGAGUAUAGUAUUUUAAUGAACGAGACGUUGAAGCUAUGUACAUUACAUAAACCAACCGUCUGUUGUUGUUUAUCGUCUUUAUCGUCGAGCAAAUAAAUACAAAAUCAGCACCACACAACAUGAAGCUGUUCGGUUCGAGCCUUACAUCAAAUUGCCAACACAAUUUGUACACAAAAACAGUUAUGCCCCUCCAUUCCCACACAUUUAUUGACUGUAUAGCACUCGUAGAUUUUGUAAAACAAAACCGUGUAAGAGAGAA